AAGAUCCUGGUGGGCAUGUACGACAAGAAGCAGCAGCAGCAAGCGCCCUGCCCGGCGCAGGGGCAAGCACCGCCGCAGCCGCCGGUGGCCCAGCCAGCUCUGCCUUACCACCACCAAGGGGGCUACACCCCGCUGUCGCCCGCCUCGCAGUACACACCCAUGCACCCUGCUUAUGCCCCCCAAGGGGACAACGUCUACCUAAUGCCGGUCCCCAGCAAGGGACAGCAGGGUCUCUACCCGGGCUCAGCACCCACUGGACAGUUCCCGCCUGCCCCGGCUAAGCAGCCGCCCGCCUACCCGAAGCAGACACCUCCCCACGCCUUCCCCAGCCCCAGCCAGGAGAUCUACCAGGUGCCCCCCUCCCUGGGCCAAGCGGCAGAGGCGUACCCCGGGGGUUCUGCCAGCCCCCCCCAGGAUGUCUACCAGGUUCCUCCCUCAGCUGGUCAGGCUCAAGACAUCUACCAGGUGCCCCCUUCAUUGGACAUGAGGAGCUGGGAAGGGCACAAGCCUCAGGGAAAGGUGCUGGUGCCCACUCGCGUAGGACAAGUGUACGUCUACGACUCCCCCAAGGGCGAGCAGGAUGAGUACGAUUUCCCUCGUCACCUCCUCUCUGCGGGCUCCCAGGAGAUCUACGAUGUGCCGCCUGUCCGAGGGGGGGUCCCAAGCCAGUUCAGCCAGGAGGUCUAUGACACCCCCCCCAUGGCAGUGAAGGGUCCCAAUGGGCAGGACCCAGGGCAGGAGAUCUACGACGUGCCCCCCAGCGUGGAGAAGAACCUGCACCAAACUGUGUAUGAUGUCCCCCCAUCGGUGAGCAAGGAUGUGCCAGAUGGCCCAGCGCGGGAGGAGACCUAUGACGUGCCCCCCGCCUUUGCCAAGCAGAAAGCCUUCGACCCCUCUCGCCACCCCCUCAUCCUGGCCCAGCAGGAGCCCUACUUGCCGGAGGAUGUCUACGACGUGCCGCCAGCAGCUGGGAAGGGUGCCCCCGAGCCACCGCUCUCCCACGAGAUCUAUGAUGUGCCCCCCAGCCUCAAAAAGCUGGGGGGGUCGGCCUUCCCCUCCCAGGAGGUCUAUGAUGUUCCCCGGGACCUGCAUGCUCCGGGCAAGGGCUCCCUGGACACAGAGGGCGAGUAUAUCUACGACGUGCCACCGCAAGUGGACCGUGAGGUCAAGGGUGCUGAUGCCAAACGCCUCUCGGCCUCCAGCACGGGCAGCACCCGCAGCAACAUCUCCACAUCCUCACUGGAUGUGGUGCCCGUGAAGGAGCCGGCCAAGGGAGCCGGCAAGGAGUUCUCCUUGGACUUGGACGCCGCCAUGGAGACACUGGCCAAGCUCCAGCAUGGUGUUGGCGGCGCAGUCUCCUACCUCAUGUCCUUCAUUGGUGCCAACUGGCGCAGCCCUGAGCACAUGGAGGCCAAUGCUGCCAGCAUCCGUGGGGCAGCUGAGGGCGUCCGGACAGCCCUCCGGGACCUGCUGGAGUUUGCCCGGGGGGCGGUGGGCAAUGCUGCCCAGGCUUCCGACCGCUCCCUCUACACCAAGCUCAGCAAGCAGCUGCAGAAGAUGGAGGACGUCUACCAAGCUCUGGCACGGCAUGGCCAAGCGCUGGAUGCUUGCCACUGGGCCCCGAGCGCCCUGGUCAGUGGCAAGCUGGGCACGGAUGACUUGGAGCACUUCGUCAUGCACUCGCGCGGUGUCCCCGAUGACACCAAGCAGUUGGCCUCCUUCCUGCAUGGUAAUGCCUCCCUUCUCUUCAAACGGACAAAGCAGGCGGCGGAGAGUGGUGGCCAUGGGCCCACUCACCCCUCUGACAAGGCUAGCAGCAUCCAGUCGCGGCCCCUGCCCUCCCCACCCAAGCUGUUGGCCCAGGAGUCACCCGAUGGGCCUUACGAGAACAGCGAGAGUGGCUGGAUGGAGGAUUAUGACUACGUCCAUCUCCAGGGCAAGGAGGAGUUUGAGAAGACCCAGAAGGAGCUGCUGGAGAAAGGCAACAUCAUCCGGCAGAGCAAGGACCAGCUGGAGCACCAGCAGCUGAAGCAGUUUGAGCGGCUGGAGCAGGAGGUGACGCGUCCCAUCGAUAAUGACCUGUCCAACUGGAGCCCUCCACAGCACUACGGCCCGGUGCGAGGCAGCGGGGCCCUGUGUCCUGCUGACCGGCAGCUCCUCCUCUUCUACCUGGAGCAGUGCGAGGCCAACCUCACCACGCUCACCAAUGCCGUUGACGCCUUCUUCACUGCUGUCAGCACCAACCAACCCCCCAAGAUCUUCGUGGCCCACAGCAAGUUUGUCAUCCUCAGCGCCCACAAGCUUGUCUUCAUCGGGGACACGCUGUCCCGCCAGGCCAAGGCCCAGGAUGUCCAGCACAAGGUGAUGCACUACAGCAACCUCCUCUGUGAGAUGCUCAAGGAGAUUGUGGUGACCACCAAGGCGGCUGCCCUUCACUACCCUUCUCCUACUGCGUCUAAGGACAUGGUGGAGCGCGUCAAGGACCUUGCAAACAGCACGCAGCAGUUCAGGAUGGUGCUGGGCCAGCUGGCAGCCAUGUGA